UAAUACGAAAACCAUGGAAAGUAACGGUCUAGCUCUUAUCGACUAUACAUAGAGGCAACCCCGGCGACACUCCGGAACAGAGGGAGAGAGAGAGAGAGAGGGGGGUGGGGGGGAGAGUAGUCAACGAAACAAGCGAAGACGAUGACUCCUUCACUCUUGUUUGUCCCUAUUCUGUUUCUAUUACUCAUUGGGGGAUGUCUUGGAAGGCCAUUCUAUCCUCUUCCAAGCAAAAUGGUGGAUGGUGAUAGACAACAGUUGCAAACGUCCCGCCCCUACAAUAUUGCACAUCGUGGUUCAAAUGGGGAGAUUCCUGAGGAAACUGCUGCUGCUUACUCGAGAGCCAUUGAAGAGGGGGCUGAUUUCAUAGAAACAGAUAUCCUCGCUUCGAAAGAUGGUGUCCUUAUAUGCUUUCAUGAUGUAACCCUUGAUGACACAACCGACGUUGCAAACCAUACAGAGUUUGCUAAUCGUAAACGGACCUACAACGUGCAAGGAGUGAACACAACCGGAUUCUUCACUGUUGAUUUCACACUGAAAGAACUAAAAUCAUUACGGGUGAAGCAGAGGUACCCAUUCCGGGAUCAGCAAUACAAUGGAAAGUUCUCAAUUAUUACGUUUGAAGAGUACAUUUCAAUUGCGUUGGAUGCAAAAAGAGUUGUUGGUAUCUAUCCUGAGAUUAAAAAUCCCGUUUUAAUAAACCAGCAUGUAAAAUGGGCAGAUGGCAAGAGGUUUGAGGACAAGUUUGUGGAAACUCUCAAGAAGUAUGGAUACAAAGGUUCAUACAUGUCAAAAGAUUGGUUCAAACAACCAGCAUUUAUCCAGUCCUUUGCUCCCACUUCAUUAAUAUAUGCUUCAAAUCUUACGGACUUGCCCAAAAUCUUCUUAAUUGAUGAUGUGACCAUACCAACACAGGACACUAACCAGUCAUAUUGGGAGAUCACUUCGGAUAAGUACUUUCAAUUCAUAAAGAAGUAUGUCGUUGGAAUUGGACCCUGGAAGGAUACAAUUGUCCCAGUGACAAACAACUAUUUGAUGACACCUACUGAUUUAGUUGCUAGAGCACAUGCGCAUGGCCUACAGGUGCACCCAUAUACCUACCGGAAUGAAAACAUUUUCUUGCACUUCAACUUUCAUCAAGAUCCAUAUGUUGAAUAUGAUUACUGGUUAAACGAAAUUGGCGUUGAUGGACUCUUCACAGACUUCACAGGGAGCCUCCAUAAUUUUCAAGAAUGGACAUCUCCCCUCUCUAAGAAUGAAACCACUGAAUCUGAUCUGUUGCAUAAGAUUGCAGUGAUGGUUUCAGCAUAUGGAAAAUUAUGAUGGUAAAUGUUUGGGUUUUUCUUUGUUUAUUAAGAUAAAUGUACCACGACGAUCUCUUCAUUCCUAAUUAGAGCAGGUUUCUAUUUUCUGGUUUCUUGCUUGACAAGGAGUAACAUUCCUUAAUUAUUGUAAUCUGUUGUUUAAUAUAUAAGGGCAGUAGGGAAGGGAGACAGGUACCUAUGAUUCUGUUA